CGAGAGGUUUAUCUCAGACAUGACUUGGCGAGGUUCCUUUUUUUAUCGGCUGGCGCGCCUGUGUACGUGAAUUGCUGUAAACACGUAGAGUCUGUCUUCCUUGGGGCCCGUGUUUUGUGCCCCCCAAGUGAAAUGUGUUCUGAUGUUUGAACGUUUGUAGGUCGCGUUGUGUUCUGAUUUAUGCGCGUGGGAUCAUUUGUAUUCUGAUCCCUGGUAUGAGAAAUUUGUUUCUUUUUCAUAUAUUUUUGACAGGAAGGACGGAGAUAGGGAUCAAGGCAGGCUGCGGGUCAGAGACGGAGGGGAGAUGGGAAAGAGUAAGAUCAAAGGUCAUGGACGUUUUUCUAACGGUGACUGUUUUGUUGGUGUUUCAGGUCAGAUGUUCCUGAUCGACCGCUUCCUUGGCAAUACCUUCCUCACGUUCGGUCUGGACGUGAUCAAAUUCAUGGAGGAUGAUCAGGAGGUGCGCAUCGAUCCAAUGAUCUUUGUGUUCCCGCGCAUGACCAAAUGUUCGUUCAGCAAGUUCGGUACGUCGGGUGAGCUGGAGCGCUACGACUCCCUCUGCAUCCUGCCCAUCAACAUCGUCAACGAGAAAAUCUACAUCUUCCUGUGGUUCUGGUUCCUGCUGCUGGUGUUCCUCACGUUCUUCGUGCUGCUCUACCGACUCAUGAUCAUCCUGAGUCCGAGGAUGCGCGCCUACCUCCUUUGUCUCCGCUUCCGUCUAAUCAACAAAGAGGUGAUCAAUACGAUAGUGAGGAAGAGUAAGAUGGGCGACUGGUUCCUCUUCUACAUGCUUGGGCAGAACGUGGACACGCUCAUAUUCAAAGAAGUGAUGCACGAACUGGCCAAGAGACUCGGCCACGCCUCAAAAGACUUUGGAGAACCAUGAGAUCUACUGUAAAUAGCCACACAGGGUGUUUCACCACGAACGUCUGUGAUCCUAACGCAAGUAGUUUAAGGUAGCGUCCCAGUCAGCGGAAGCCACGGCAAGCACGCCUCUCCCCACCACCUGCCGCGUCCUGCCACAAGACUGUCGGCGCCCGUGUUGCAUCCCACUCACCACCACCUCCAACCACACACCAUCGCCUCCCUCACGCUGCCGCCGCCGCCGCCUCCGCCGCCGUCGUCGUCGUCGCUGCCACCACUCUCCUCCCUUUUCCCUUCCAUGUUCCCGCCCCGCCCCAUCCCGUCCCGUCCCUCCGCCAGAAGUCGUGUAUUUGCUUGUCGCUCGCUCACCACUCAACCAGCCAGCCACUAGCUUUUGAAGCUUGUCUUCGCCAGCUUGAACAUCUGCAGUCUUACCUCUACUCCUCUUCCUCCUUCUCCUCCUCCUCCUCCUCCUCCUCCUCCUCCUCCUCCUCCUCCUCAUCUUCCUCC